UAUUAUAUUAUUAUUAUUAGGUUAUUAGGUAUCAUAUUUCUAAUUGUUAAAAAGACCUAACCGCAUAUUAUGUUGUCUCCAUCUUACAAGUGCGUAACAUGGCARUUUUUACUCUCAGCAGUACACGUAUAGCAUUGUUAGUUUAAAAUUUAGAGUGAAUUGACCUCCAAUAAGAUUUAAAGAUUUUGGCUGUAAAGGUUAAGUACACAGCGAUUUCUAAGAUAAAUAUAGUUUACUAUUAGUACAUAUUUAAGAAAUCUGAAAAAAUUAAUAUCUAAAUCAACAUUCGUCUCCAUUAAAAAUGAAAAAAGCAUGUAGAAUUUUAUUAAGCUUUUUUUUAUUUAUCGGAUGCUUUUUGACAUUUUCGGCGUCUAAUACGCCUAAAGUGAAAGUCCAUUCUGGUGAAAUUGCAGGUGGAUUUGAAUAUACCUAUAAUGGUCGAAAAAUUUACUCAUUCAUAGGCAUACCGUACGCAAGUCCUCCAGUUCAAAACUAUCGAUUUAAAGAACCACAACCCGUAAAACCUUGGUUGGGCAUAUGGAACGCCACAACUCCUGGAAGCGCUUGUUUAGGACCGGAUUAUGACUUUGAUUUAAAAAUUAUUGGACAAGAAGAUUGUUUAUAUCUCAAUGUUUAUACACCAAAGUUACCACAAGUGAAUACGUCUGGUGAUUUAAUGAAUGUAGUAGUGCACAUACACGGCGGCGCGUACAUGGGUGGUCAAGGCAUUUCCUAUGGUCCUCAAUAUCUUUUGGAUGUCAACGAUUUUGUUUAUGUAUCAAUAAAUUACCGUUUGGGAGUAUUAGGAUUUGCCUCCACCGGCGAUAGUGUUUUACCCGGAAAUAACGGAAUGAAAGACCAAGUAGCAGCAUUGAAGUGGAUACAACAAAACAUAGUUGCAUUUGGUGGUAACCCAAAUAGUGUAACUAUCACUGGUAUGUCUGCUGGAGCAGGUUCAGUUCAUUAUCAUAUGAUUUCACCAAUGUCUAAAGGCUUAUUUAAUCGAGUAAUAMUUCAAAGUGGUAGUGCAUUCUGUCCUUGGUCGUAUACUGAAAACGUUGAUCAAAAAACAAAGUACAUUGCAAACUUGCUGGGAUGUCCAACAAAUAAUUCCAUGGAUAUAGUGGAAUGUCUUCGUUCUAGACCAGGAACGGACAUUGCAAAAUCAUUUAUAAACUUCAUGCCAUGGAAAUACAAUCCUUUUUCACCAUUUGGUCCAACUGUUGAGGUAGCCGGAGAUGAAAAAUUCUUACCCGAUAUCCCUGAAAAACUCGUUCCGUAUGACAUUCCGGUGCUUAUGAGCAUUACCCAAGAUGAGGGUCUUAUUUUAGCGAUAUUUAUUAUGUAUGAAAAUAGUCAAAAUGAACUAAACAAUAAUUGGAAUGAAUAUUUACCACAUCUUCUUGAUUAUAAUUACACAAUUUCAAACGAGAAUCUGAGAAGCAAAAUUGCUCAAGAUAUAAAAGGAUUUUACUUUGGUGACAAACCAGUAUCAAAAGAAACUGUAGGCAACCUUGUGGAAAUGAUUUCAGAUAGAUUGUUUGGAUAUGCUGUAAGUAAAGCAGCUCAGCAUAUUGCCGCAAAGAAUACGGCACCUGUAUAUUUCCAUGAAUUYGGAUACAGUGGUAAUUAUUCUAUCAUGGCUAGUAUCGAUCCAAAAUCAUAUUUCCGAGGAUCAAAUGUAACUCAUUCUGACGAUACCAAUUAUGUAUUGAAAAAGAAUGUUUUCCCUCUUCAUGACAAUGAAGAAGAUAGAAAUAUGAUCAAAUUGAUGGUCAACAUCUGGGCCACCUUUAUAAAAAAUGGAGAACCGGAUAUUGGAAAUACAAAAAUUUGGUUACCUGUUUCCAAGAAUCCAGCUGAUCCUUUUAGAUUCAUUAAGAUCACUCAAMAACAAACGUUUGAAGCCAAAGAACAAUUAAACCAUCGAAAUUAUGCAUUUUGGAGUAGUUUGUCAUUAACAGAAUUCAAUGAAGUUAAUGUACCGGAAGACAUAAAAACUGAGUUAUAAAUAAUUAACAUAAAAACGUGAUAUUAUAACAUUUACUACAAUGAUACUAUUUUUAAACA